AUGUCGUUGGCGGAUUUAUUAGCGCAGUCGAGAACUCUUACGAGCCAUCUAUCCAAGCCAGAUCUACCGCAGAUACACCUCGGCUUGGAUCAGAUCGAGAACCAGUCCAAGAAGUUGGUCCAUAAGCAGAGAGGUGAUAUUGAUAGCAGAGUACAUUAUCUAUUGGCAUCUGGUGGCUUAAACGCGAGUGAUUUAUCAGAUAAGAUAUUUACAAUCAACAACAAUCUCAAUAACACGUUUGAACCUCUUCAACCGUUGCUUGAUAGCGAUUUAGACGGCUACUUGAGACAUCAAUAUGAACAAACUAUUAUAUCCACCAUUGAGGAAGGCAGGAGAGAUACUGUUAAUCAAUUUCAAUCCAAUUUAUCUGAAAAUCUUCAAUCUUCCUGGAACAAAAGGCUGUCUCUCUUAUUCGAGGAGCUAGGACAGCAUUCUUACUCUAAUGACGUCGAUUUCAUCCCACAACAGUCCUCCUCUUACUCCACCAUCCCUUCAACCACUCUAGCUGUUAACACGCGCAUGAACAGCUACGCUAAUCUCGUCAAGAAGCUUAACGAGUAUCGCUUGCAAGCCUACAACUAUCCAAUCAUAUCUGAGCUAUCAUCGAUUGCCAAGUCUCUCUCAACCACUGACACUCGUUCAAACCAGAUCCACGACUGCUGGCAACUGCUCGCUUCUUCCUUAAGAGAGAAGUCUGUCGUUAACGGUGAAUUUCAGAGAGCUGCACUCUCCCAAAGAGAAUACUCAAACUCAUACCUCCACCAAUCCUCUGAAUCUGACGAGGCGCGCAAUCUUCGCACUCUUUGGACAACUGGCUCCAAGCACUUCUUGGAACAUCAAUACUUGAAGUACAUUGAGAAGAUCAUCAUUCAAAAUCCUUCACAAGCUCAGGUUGGUGGCUUGCCACUCAUUCAAAACAAGGUCAGAGGUUUCCUCAAUGUCAAGUACGCAAAGAAUGGUGGUUGGUCUGAUCCUAAGAUAGAGAUUAUCUCUGGUCAGCCUCUCUGGGCUAUGCUCUUUACCCUCUUGCGCACCGGUCAUCCCAAUGAAGCCUUAGACUUGGCUAUUGAAAACGAAGAGGCUCUUGGUAAGACUGAGAGAGAAUUCGUCCCGUACUUCAAAUCAUGGCUCGACUCUCCUCAUCAGCGCUUGCCGAGACAACUUCAUGACAGAUUCAUGUCAACAUACAACACAAGAAUACGUUUCGCUGCUGAGUCAGGCUCAAUUGAUCCGUACAAAUAUGCACUCUACAAAUUGGUUGGAAGAGCAGAACUAUCAAGACGUAACUUACAAUCCAUCACAACCACAACUGAAGAUUGGUUGUGGCUGCAGUUGUCGCUCGUCAGAGAGAGCGCACCAGGCGAAGACUCGCCAUCUGAAUCAUUCGGGCUGAGAGAAUUAGCCGGACUGCUUCUCAAAUUUGGUGAUAAGCAUUUCGACCCGAAGGGUAAUAAUCCCAUCAAGUAUUUCACAGUAUUGCUUUUAUGCGGUCAGUUCGAGCGCGCCGUGGCGUACCUCUACAACAAUGUCCAGUACCAAGUCGAUGCUGUCCACUUCGCUGUCGCUCUUUCAUACUACGGUCUGCUGCGUGCACCCGAGAAGUCCCACACGUCUGAGAUCGAACUGCUCACAGCAGACGCAAACGGUCAGCCUACGCUCGACUUUGCGAGAAUGAUACAGAGAUAUACGCGCAUCUUCGCUAAAACGGACCCAUGCGAGGCAUUGCAAUACCUUUAUCUUAUAUGCCUCAAUAGUGAUGCCCCAACCCCAGUCAACAAGCAGCAAAUAGCACUCUGCCACGCCUACAUCAAAGACCUCGUAUUGGAGACUAGAGCGUAUACUGAGUUAGUGGGCGAGAUCAAACCUGAUGGUACAAAGUUGCAGGGGAUGAUAGAGAAGGAUCUCAGUCUUAUCAGCCUCGACAACCAAAGAGAUUUCCUCGUCAACAUCGUUAAGGCUUCAGCACAUAAGGCCGAGCUCGAGAAGCGUACAAGAGAUGCAAUCUUGCUGUACAACUUGUCGGAAGAGUACAACAAGGUUAUCCUCGUACUCUGUCAUGAGCUCGGCUUGUCUCUUUACUCGAACCCUAACGAUAGAAGCCAAGAUGAGCUGUUUGAAUUGUCGAAUAACAUACUCAGCCACUACAAGAGAGAUGCACGUAUCGCGCACAGAGUAGACAAGAAUAACAGGGAAACAUUGCAAGUCCUUCUAAAGUUGAAGGAGAUUCUCAAGCAUUACGAACAAUCUCAAUUGGAUUUCGCUCUCGAUGGUAUUGAACAACUCAACAUUAUUCCUCUGUCUGGUGACGUUAUUUCAAUCACAAGGAAAGCGGAAGACUUUAAAGAAAUCAAUGAGAGUAUAUCGAGGAACUUCUCUGAUAUUCUUCUCGUCACUAUGAACAUCCUCUUCAAAAUACACGCCAACUUGAAGGAAUCUCCAUUCGGGGACACUUCUAGACAAAACAAAAUGGGUCAACUCCGUGCGAAAGCUCGCACACUCAUGAUGUUCGUUGGACUGCUCAGAUUCAGAAUCUCAAGCGAUGUCCUCCAACAGCUGUCGAGAUUGGAUGUAAUGAUGGUUUGA